UGAAGAUCCCCUUUUUGAUUAUCUUUCCCUCCAUUUGGAUCGAUGAAGAAAAACAAUAUUCCUCUAUCAAAAGUUCGGCUACUUGAUAUCGUAUUACACACCUUUUCUCGACCAUACCGUAAUUUUUCUUUUUUAUCAUUAUUGUUGUUGUUUUUUCUUUUUUUCUUGUUUUUUUUCCUUUUCUUUACCUUCCCUGCAAAAUUAUGUUACUCCCAACACACACGAAGUAGACGUACAUACCGUCCUCCGAGUCCAGACCUCACCAUAGACCAAAUCUACACCACCAAGUAUCGAACCCAUCAAAAGAAACCUAAAGCCCAUCGCACUACUAUCCACAACCAUCCGCGUCUGAUUUCCGAUCAUAAUCCCUAACCCCAGGUGCUCUGGGCCUUUUAUUUCACGAUCUAGACACGUCGACGACCUGGGAAAAGUGGGUCUUGCUGGUCGGGUGCAUAUCUUUGGGAGUUCUAGAUAGUCGGUUUUUCUUUUCUUUUGGUUAUAGGUAGGCAUUUAAAUUAAAAUAUGAUAUAAUUGUUGGGGGUGAAGUGUGUUCUAGAUCUUGGUGCAUGGCUCCUGCUCUAUGCGUUCUUUAACAAGGGGGUUCUUGUGGUGAUAUCCUGCUGUGGCUGUAGAUAUAUAUCUCGGGAUAGUUGCUUUUGUUGGGUAUGUUUGGGC